GGCAACGUGUGAAGUAAAUCGUUUUGAGGGAAGAGAACCCAAUAACAAACCCAAAUCUCACCUGGAUUUAUCCUGCAUAGAAUGUAGCUGUGCUUUCUCUUUCUUUAGCAAGACUUUCACAGCACUAUGGGAGAAGUCCAAAAGGGUUUGUUUUCAGUUAUCGAGAAGUUAAAGGGAACUACAGAGCAAGAGCUUCGGAUAGUCCUUCUUGGUCUGGAUAAUGCUGGAAAAACCACUUUGUUAAAACAACUUGCCUCUGAAGACGUGAACACCAUUACACCGACUCAGGGUUUUAACAUUAAAAGUGUGACGUGUGAUGGCAUGAAGCUGAACGUGUGGGACAUUGGAGGGCAGAGGAAGAUUCGCCCCUUCUGGAAGAAGUACCUAGAAAACACUGAUUUACUGAUCUACGUGAUUGACAGUGCAGACAAAAAGAGAUUUGAGGAAACAGGACUGGAGCUGUCAGAGCUCAUCGAUGAGGAGAACCUGAAAGGUGUGCCAUUGCUCAUCUUUGCCAAUAAACAGGAUUUAGCCACAGCUUCACCGGCCAGUGAAAUUGCUGAAGGCCUCAACUUGCACACAUACCGGGACAGAGAAUGGCAAAUCCAGGCUUGUUCUGCUGUUUCUGGAGAGGGUGUACAGGACGGCAUGAACUGGAUCAGCAACAAUAUUGUAAAUAAGAAGAAAUGAAUCUGUUUUUUUCCAAGUGUCAUUUUGUAUAAACACUCUGAUAAUUCCGUUAGCAAAAACCACACAUAACGUAUUUACUUGGGAAAACUCGUUUUGUAAUGAUAUUAAUGAUCUUCCAUCUGUUUGUAAAUUGGCUGCCAACAUUGAGUGGCAGAAACGCAACAAAACAAAUCAUUUUCCCCUCUCAGUAUCUCCUAUGAGUGCUUUUGUUGCUCUCAUACAAGACAAGCUUCCUUACAAUCUGUAAAUCACUCUGUCAGUGUCACAUUUCUGAGAAAUAUGACACACCAGGGCAUAAAUAAUGCACACAAGCAAGAUUUACAGCCUAAAAUAAGGAUGAGGCAUUUGUGUAUAUAUCAGAAACACGUAGAGUUCUUCAGAGGUUUUAUAUAGUUGUCAAACCAGCAUAAGAAAUACUCUUGUACUUUUUGAACAAUGAUUUUUGAAACCCAUGUUUUUUUUUUGUUUUUUUUUUUGCGACUGUAUGACUGGAUUUGGUAGUUUCGAUGAUUCUCCUGUGUGGGCAUUAUGUGCAUAUGAUUAUGUAAAAUCAGUCUGUUACCACAUUUUUCCUAGUUAUUUAAGAUUAUGACUACUAUUGUGAUUCAAACAAGCUCCUGGACUAGU